ACAGUGAUCAGACUUCGGCUGCUUUCCGAAUUAAUUCCUCUCCUUCGGCGGCCGUACUGCUGAACGCGCUCCCUCCCGACGAGGCCCGUGCAUGCCCAGGAAGUGGACUGGAUUGAACCUUGCGUCCAUCAGCCUUUUCUUCGUCACACUUUCAGCUUGCUUGCUUCAGGUCGUUUUCACCAGCAACAUGUUCGGAGUCACAGUGAAAAACAGCGGUAUGACAGGAACCGGAACUACCGCAGGUCCCACGAAACGCACACAUUCCCCCAUGGUUACCGGAACCUCGGUCCUGGGUGUGAAGUACAACGGUGGAGUCAUGUUGGCGGCCGACACCUUGGCCUCGUACGGCUCCUUGGCGCGCUUCAAGGAUGUCACUCGUCUGAAUGCAGUAGGGGACUACACGAUCCUGGGCGCGGGGGGAGAGUUCUCGGAUUUCCAAGCCAUACAGGAGAUACUGGAGAAGAUGGACCAGGAGGAUAAAAAUGCAGACGAUGGGUUUUCGCACUCGCCAGCGGAGCUUUUCAACUACUUGCGGGCGAUCUUCUAUAGCAAGCGGAAUAAGUUCAAUCCGUUGUGGAAUGAGGUCCUGGUGGGCGGUUUCAAGGACGGGAAGGCCUUCCUCGGUCAUUUGGACAUGAUCGGCACCGCCUUCUCGGACGAGGUGAUGGCCACCGGCUUCGGGUCCUACCUGGCCUUGCCCAUCAUGCGGAAGCGGUGGCACGCGAACAUGACAGAGGGGGAGGCGCGGGCCCUGUUGGAGGAUUGCAUGCGCGUCUUAUUCUACCGGUGGGGGCCGCGGGAGGGAGGGAGGGAGGGAGGGAGGAAGGGAGAG